AUGGUCAGCUAUCAAAUAACAGCGUUUAUUUCACUAGCAUUGGUCUAUACUUGUUCCAAUGCUCUUAGAUUUGAAGCCCCAAAAUGCAUUAUUCACAGUUAUUGUGGAAAAGAUAAUGCGAUAGUGAAACUUGUUCCACUGAAACCAUUCAACGGAUUAAUUGGCACGGACGUUGAGAGCCCAGAGUGUAAACGUCGAUUCACAUCUAAUGAGAAAUCGAUUACAUUCGUUGUAGACUUCGAAAAUUGUACAUUAGAAUCAGAUAAAUUUAAGCUCAAUGUUUACAACCCUAUGAUGUUAACAAAAGAUUUUGGGUUCCUUGGACCACCUGUUAUAUCUAAACAAGUCUUUUGUAAACAGGCGGACUACGAGUAA